AUGGCUGAAUCUAUUUCAAAAGGUGUGAAAAUUGUGGUUAUUGGAGUCGGGAGUGUGGGCUCAGCUACGGCGUAUACGCUCUUGUUAAGCGGAAUCGUGUCAGAGAUUGUGCUCAUCGACGUUAACAAGGAUAAAGCUGAAGGUGAAAGUAUGGACUUGAACCAUGCCGCAUCGUCCGACACGAAAUCUAGAGCAGGUGACUACCCAGACUGUGCCGAUGCUGCCAUCGUCAUAGUAACCUGUGGGAUAAAUCAAAAGCACGGCCAGACUAGAAUGGAUUUGGCUGCGAAAAACGCGGCCAUUAUGCAGGACAUUAUUCCCAAUGUAGCGAAAUAUGCGCCUGAUACGAUUCUGCUCAUCGCGACAAACCCCGUUGACGUUUUGACAUAUGUGAGCUACAAAGCUUCUGGCUUCCCUUUGAACCGGGUUUUGGGUUCUGGUACCGUUCUUGACACUGCACGUCUAAAGUAUAUUUUGGGCGAACAUUUCGAUAUUUCUCCCGACAGCGUCGACGCCUGCGUCAUCGGAGAACAUGGAGAUUCCGGUGUGCCCGUUUGGUCUCUCACAAGCAUCGACGGUAUGAAGCUGCGCGAUUAUUGCGAAUCUAAAAAUCACAGUCACGAUGAUGCUAUCUAUCAUAAGAUCUUCGAGCAAACUCGCGAUGCUGCUUACGAUAUUAUAAAACGCAAGGGAUACACCUCUUACGGAAUUGCAGCAGGGCUGCUUCGAAUUGUGAAAGCCAUAUUAGGCGACACCAACACAAAGCUCACUGUUUCCACUGUAGGUGAUUAUUACGGAGUCGAAAACAUUGCGAUUAGUGUCCCUAUGAAGCUCAACAAGAGUGGAGUUCACCCGACCGACCAGAUACCGCUCGACGAGAAAGAGACAGAACUAAUGAAGAAAUCUUCAAGACAAAUCAAGUCGGCGCUAAAGAAUCUGAAGGUCGAAUGA